AUGGUCAAGGCCGUCGUCGCAGGAGCUUCUGGCGGUAUCGGACAGCCACUGUCCCUCCUCCUCAAGGCCAGCCCUCUGGUCGACCACCUCUCGCUCUACGAUGUCGUCAACACACCCGGUGUUACCGCCGACCUCUCUCACAUCUCAUCCAUUGCCACCAUCGAUGGUUUCCUCCCCGACAACGGCAAUGGAAUCAAGCAGGCCUUGAAGGGUGCAGACAUUGUCGUCAUCCCAGCUGGAAUUCCUCGCAAGCCAGGCAUGACCCGUGACGACCUCUUCAAGAUCAAUGCUGGUAUCGUGCAGGGCCUAGUCCAGGGAAUCGCUGAGAACUGCCCCGAGGCGUUCAUCCUCAUCAUCUCCAACCCAGUCAACAGCACCGUCCCAAUCGCCGCAGAGGUCCUCAAGAAGGCCGGUGUCUUCAACCCAAAGAAGCUGUUCGGUGUUACCACCCUUGAUGUUGUCCGCGCCGAGACUUUCGUACAGUCUCUCACCGGCACCAAGGACCCAGCCAAGACUGUCAUUCCAGUCAUCGGUGGCCACUCUGGCGAGACUAUUGUGCCCCUCUUCUCCCAGGCCAAGCCAGCAGUGAACAUUCCUGCUGACAAGCUUGAUGCACUGACCAACCGCGUGCAAUUUGGUGGUGACGAGGUCGUCAAGGCCAAGGAUGGUGCCGGGUCUGCCACCCUUUCCAUGGCAUAUGCCGGAUUCCGCUUCGCUGAGAAGGUCAUCCAGGCGAUCAAGGGACAGUCUGGAAUCGUUGAGCCAACCUUUGUCUACCUACCUGGUGUUACUGGAGGUGACGAGAUUGUCAAGGAGACUGGCCUCGAGUACUUCUCCGUCCCCGUCGAGCYUGGCAAGGACGGAGCAACCAAGGCGCACAACGUUGUGAAGGAUGCAAACGAUUACGAGAAGAAGCUCCUCGUGGAGUGCUACAAGGGUCUGAAGGGCAACAUUGAGAAGGGUAUCGAGUUCGUCAAGAACCCACCACCAAAAUAG